AUGCCAUCUAUUCUUAACGACGAUGAUAAGGAUACCGUAAAGCGGUUCAUCCCCAAGCAGUCCAACAAGAUUCAGGCCGUCGCUGUGGCCAGGCUCUACGUAGCAUAUCCCAAUCGCUCAAAAUGGACAUACACCGGACUACAGGGAGCCGUUGCGCUCGUCAACGAUCUGGUCGGAAAUACAUACUGGAUCAAGAUGGUGGAUAUUUCGCCUUCCAAUCGAGGAGUUAUUUGGGACCAGGAGAUUUUCGAUACUUGGAACUAUAACCAAGACCGAACCUUUUUCCAUACCUUCGAACUCGAAGAAUGCCUGGCUGGUCUGAGCUUCGUCGACGAAAAGGAGGCCAAACAGUUCAAGAAGAAGAUGGAUGAGCGAGAGAAGAAUGCAAGCCGAGCUACAAAGGCGACACCCUUCGGUGGAGGUGCCCAGCCAGCCCAUAAGCAUGGUCUGUUGGGAGGGCUAUUCGGACAUCGCCAUUCGACUCAUAUAAGCUCUCAGCACACAGCCCCGACCCCUCCGGAGUCUCCCCGGAUGCCACAUAACUCCAUUCAGCAUCAUGUUAUCAACUCGACGCCCAAUCUCAAUGGCUCAAGACCUUCUGAAUUUGCACUCUUAGAUGCGUUCGAUCCUCUGUGGCGCGAGCACUUUGGCGCAGAUCUUCAAGACAAGGGUUUGACGGACGACUUCAUCAAAGAAAACCAAGAGUUUAUUGUCGACUUCCUGAGAGAAGAACAACAGAAGGCCAAUCAGCCUCAUUCGACACCGCCACCACCUCCAGCAGCGAAAGCACCCUCGCCAACGCCAACUGCGAACGGCAAUGAAGGAAGAGGCUCUCGAGCGCCUCCGCCGCCACCGCCGCCCGGUGGUCGACCGCAGUCAGACGGUCCUCCAGCGCCCCCGGCUCCGAGAAAAGGUGGCCCCCCACCUCCUCCAGCCCCGAGACGGUCGGGCAAAGCCGAAUCUCCGGCGAAGGAUGCUGCGCCUGAACGAGCGCCGUCGCCUCCUCGACCCAAGUUUGGUGUCCCUCCACCAUUGGCCGACGCUGGCAAAUUCGCACGUCAAGAUCCUCCAAGGGCUGUUCCAGCUACGCCCACUCCUGGACCCCCUCCUCCUCCUCGACCGGCCAAGACUCCUAUAGAAACACAGAAGAAUGAGAGUCACAGAUUCGGAGUUCCUCCUCCCUUUCCUGGUUCAAGGGUACCCCCACCAACACCUAGCCGUGGGCCUGUUCCUCCUCCUCCUCCCCCUCGACCGGCCGAUAACCACCCUGUGCCUGCAGCUCUUCCUCCUCCUCUGCCUCCCAAAGUACCGGCUUCUUCAGCUCCACCACUGCCGCCUCCAAGCUCCCGGCCUGUUCCUCCUCCUCCAGCAGCCAACAAUCACCCUCCUGCUCCACCUCCCUUACCGGCGACAAGUGCUCCUCCACCUCCUCCACUACCACCAACAUCAACAAAUGGUGCACCUCCUCCGCCUCCUCCGCCCCCUCCACCUCCAGGAGGCCUUGGUGCACCGCCGCCUCCUCCGCCUCCCAUGCCGCCUGGAACUGGUGCACCUCCUCCACCUCCUCUCCCUCCUGUUGCUGCAGGGGGGGAUCCUGGCCGAUCAGCCAUGCUGGAAGGCAUUCAACGUGCUGGCGGAAUCAACUCUCUCAAGAAGGUUGAUCGCUCACAGAUUCGCGACCGAAGUGGUGUUCAAGUUGGCAGUGUCGGCGAUUCUGGCGGUGCGAAUGCCGCACCUGCAGCACCUGGUGCGCCUGGCGGUGGCGGCGGCAUGGCCGAUGCGUUGGCUGCUGCUCUCCAGAAGAGAAAAGAAAAGGUCUCCAAGAGUGAUGACGAGAGUGACAACGAUGACUGGUAA